CGAGUACAUACAAUAAAUCGUUGGCUUACCCAACAACAGGCAGCCAGGCCUUUUAAGCAACAAGAUUAUUCAGGAACAGUUUCGCUCUGAAUUAUUCAAGAUCAUGGAUAAAGCCUUGAAAAAGGUGUUGACUACGGGCUACGAGGUGCCAACCGAUCAAAAGGCCAAUUAUGACGGAUUUGUUGUGAUUGGAGCAGGGUUGCCGAGAACUGGAACCUUGUCAAUGAAGAGUGCCCUUGGAACCCUCCUCAAUGGUGUGUGUUACCAUAUGAUGUCCAUGAUUGAGGGAUCACCGGCCGAAUCAGCCUUUUGGGCAAAGGCCUUGAAAGGUGGCGUAACUCCCCAAGAAUGGCGAGAUUUUUUGGGAGGUCGUGGUUAUCGCGCUGGAGUAGAUUAUCCAUUAUCACGAUUUUACAGAGAAUUAAUGGAGGCGUAUCCCAAUGCCAAGAUUAUUUUGACCACCAGGAAUCCCGAAACUUGGUACAAAUCUGUAAAAGAUAGCAUUUACAAGGGGUCAUUGAUCAUGAAGAAGCUUUCAGUACAUCUUUUCUUAAUAUUGGUGGGAAAGACUUUGACGGCUAAAGUCAUGGACGAUCUCGGAUAUUUGCCCGCUAAAGGAAUGGAUAAAGGUAUAUUUACUGUGAUCGAGGAAGGGCCCGAUUCUGCCCAGAAGUAUUUCGAGGAAUGGGUGGAAUCUGUGAAAGAAUGCGUUCCCAAGGAUCGUCUCCUCAUAUUCGAGGUCAAAGAAGGGUGGAAGCCACUGUGCCAAUUCUUGGAUGUUCCCAUCCCAGACGUCCCAUUUCCCAGAUUAAAUGACACUGCAUCCAUGGCUCGGAAACAUCGCAAUUUGGAAUUGAUGGCCAACGUUAUUGUUUUUGGAAUCCCAGCUUGUCUUGGAAUCAUAUUCUACAUGCUUUAUAAUUACUAUACAAAAUGAAAAAUGAUUAUGUA